AUGACAACUUUCCUUAACGAACAACUUUUGAAUGGAACCGAAGAUGAUGGCACAAAUCCAUCAAAUGAGGAAAUCGAUUUGGCGAGCUUGCUUUUUAAAAGGAAUGACGAUAAAGACGAUUUAACGGUUUUCGACUAUUCAAACGAUGGAGAUGAAUUCGAUGCUAUCAAACGAAUCUCAGAGCAAUUCAAUUCACCAUCUACGUCGACUGUCGCUCCUCUAAAUAAACGAGCCAGAAUUGAUAAUCGAUUCGAUUUUGGUGAAAAGCUUUCCAAAACACCGAUAAUCACUCAACAACAAGGGAUCACCAAUGUGCUCAAAAAAGUGAUGAAUGAAAGUAUUCCCGAACCAUCACCGAUUCUCCCGCCCCUCGAGGAAAAAGAUGCGCCAGCUGUGGGACCGUUUGUGCGCGGACUUUCGAUGGGAACUCCAUAUCAACAACUCGAAAAGAUCACAAUCACGACAACGAGCGCCGAUUUGCUGAUUUUCAGUAGCAAUUUCACGAAACCGAGUUGGACUUUUGAUGAGAAG